AUGAACGAUACUAAGGAAGAUGGCAGGAUAAACCCUGAAAUAUUUGAUGAGCCCCCACUUCACUUCGAGCAAACCGAUGAUUAUGGGUGGACUACUAUAGCUAGAGCUAUUGUCCAAAUGGAUGGAGAUAUACACAAGUAUAUAUAAAACAAAUGAGGAAGAAGAAAACAGCAGAAGAGAAAUUCAAGGAUCUUCCAUUUAUGAGGAUCUCCAAACGACGAAGGACGAUUAAUCCAAAAGACAAGAGCCAUCAGUUUGGUCGCAAGAACAUGAUCAAAUUUGGAAAUCAAGAGACCUUCAAGUUCAACCUGAUUCAUAAAAAAACAUCUUCUUUGAAAAGUGUGCCCAGAAGUAUGGUAAGAAAGAUUGAGAAAGCAAAAGCUACUAAGAUCAUCAACAUCCUUGGUCCUCAGGAGAGGUUCCCUCACUCGAAGCUUAUCAUGAAUAUGAUCAAGAACACUAUGGAUGACCACAAGAAGAAACAGAAGAGGAUGAAGUCGUCACCAGAAAGAGCCAAGAACGCCUUAAUCAGAACGUUGAACAAAUCUUUUCAUCUUACUAAGUACCAGAAAUUAGAGACUUAUAUUGGCUCUCCAGAGAGGAAGGCCAGCCAAGACGGUACCUCAAAACUUAGGGUUUCCAUGCAAGAUCCGGAAAAAUUGUUUAAUAAUAGGAGUUCUGCCAAGACACCUAAUGAUUCGAAUCGUAGGAAGAUCAAACUAACCUGUUAUUCCUCAAUCUUAGGAGCAGAAGGCAACCAGCAAUACGGGUUCCACCUAAAGAGAAGUAGCCGUAAGAGCCAAAAUAAAGCUAAAAUUUGUAAAAUUAGAGGAAAAGUUAGGGCAACUUCUUACCAUGAAAACUCGCUUCUAUCAAGGAAGAGCCACAGAGGUAACUCUGUGGGUAAGGAACCUGCUUCGGUGAUCCAAGAAUCUCCAAGUGGAGAUUAUGCUCAGAGUAGUUCUGUGAAGGAUAACCCAGUGUUAUCUGGAGAGAACUCUUCAGAAGCUACGCCUAAAGUAAACCCGUACCUUUAUAGCCCAAAACUAAUAUUUUGGCAUCCUCCUCAGAAUCCACCAAAACCAGGGUAUGAUGAGCCAUCCAAGACAAUAGAUUAUGUUGUUGGGGUCGGUAGCAAGUCACCCAGAAUGAAGUUCAGCAAGCCAGUCCUGAAAAAGAGAAAUAAGUAUAUCUAUAAGCUAAUGUAG